GCUCUGCUGGACACAGCAGAGCACCCCCACCUGCUGUGGUCUGGCUCCUGCUGAGGGUACACAAGGGAGCUUGCCCUCUACACAGCCUCAAAGGGCCCCACUCUGGAUGAGAAAAGCUAGCCUGAGUCCAGCUUGCCUCCUAAAGACACAAAGCCAGGCUACUAUAGGGCAGGGCCCUUGGCUUUCUUUAUGAUCUUGCUAUCCAUGCCGGGGACAGAGAAGGGGUACACUUUAGUAACCCAAGGACAACAGGCAGCCACCAAUGGGCCAAGGCUGUGAAGUACAGCAGAGCACCGCACUGCCAAGCCCACAGUCUGUCAGGGCCAACGGUAUGAAUCAGACCGUUUCCUCCCUUAGCACAGCUGGAGCUGCGAUACUACUUAUGAUCCUACAGCUGAUAGGGGGGUGGGAAACCCAGCGGAGUUGGCACAGAGGCAAACCAGGACUGCGUUUGCAAGUGUGGUGGCCCAUCUGCAACAAAAGAGUCGUGGAGUCCUGCUGGGGGCAGCCCACACUGGUGCCCUCCCACAGUAGAAGGUUGGGAAGUCGGUGACCCAGGAAAUACCAUGGGAGUGGCUGAAGUUAGGCUGCCCGGCCCUGGCUAACUCGUUUGUAAUCAGGGGUGCAGAUAAACAGGAAGUGAUACCCCGUCUGGUCCCCCUGACCUUACACCUCCACCACCCCUAGGAAUAGCCCUUAUCAGCCACCCUCCCCCCAACCAUGGCAAUCCACAGCAGCCUCACACGUCCUGGACCCCUCUACAAGAGGGUCCCCAGAUGAGGCCCGAGAGAAAGGACCGGAGCACCACAGGAGCAGUAGGGUGCUGGCCUUCUGGGGUGAAGAGGAGACUGAAAAGCUGAGAGGCCACACUGAUGUCCCAGCUGUGCGGAGGGCACUGCCCCUCCCUCAAGUUCAUAUUGCUCUACCAUGAAGACUUCAAGUCACCGCUGGCAUGCCCCCAGCACCCCGGGAGGAGCAAGCCCUUUACAGGCAUGGGGCUGUUCCCUGUAAACACACCCUCCACAUCCUUCCCCACCAUUCCUGUGGCCUGGCUAAUGAGGGCCUGUCAGCCAGCCCAGGGGCUGAGUCACCCACACCAGCGGCAGGUCUCCUCUCUUCCUUCCCCAACAAUUGUUCCAAAAGUUGCCUUUCAACUUUUCUACUACCUCCCUGGGCUCUUCCCAGAGACAGCUGGGGCUAGGGAGCCAGACAGGCCUGCAGGGUCACGGUGGCAGAGGUGCUUUGACUAGAAAGGAAGUAACCUGGUGACACACCAGCAGGGCUGUCCCCAGACCAGUCCCCAGAGGAAUCUGAAGCGUCCCACUGCCCUGGGGUGUUGGUCACAGCUGCCCCAAUCCCAGCCUGCGGAUGCUGCAAUUACCUCAGAGCAUGAAACCAGCUUCCCACCUGACUGAGUCAGCUGAAAAGAAAACAUCUCUACCACACGCUGGCACAACAGCCAAGCCACUAAUCAGAGUCCCCAGAUGCUGGCAGAGAGCACAGUCCUACACCUGCCAGGGGAUCGGCACAUGCCAGGAACCACCUGAGACGGGACCGGGCCAGCUGCUGCCAGCCUGUAGAAGGAGUGCAUGCUCCCUCCGGAGGUCCAGCCCUGCCCACCAGGCCCUCAGCCCUGUGGUACUCCUGCUCUGCUCUGUAAGUACCGGGCUGCUUCCUUUGGUUUUUUUUCCACAUGCCGAUCAAGUAACCAGGCCACUCUUAUCCAGGUGGGAACUCCCUCCCAGCACUCGGAUCUCCCAGACAAAAUCUCCCUCCUGCUAGUCCUGUCUCACCGUGAUCCAAGACGCAACAAGACAAAGGGCCACGCUGAGCAGAAACCCACAGCGUCUGCCGCUAGCCCUUGACGGGUGGUUCCCUGGUUCCUGGCCUCCAGCACUCUAGUAAAUGGUCACCGGCUGCUGCUGAGCCCCUCUGUGGGGUUUCUCAGAUGCCUGACCUGCAGGCUGACUGGGGAGGUCCAUGGAGACUUGGCGGAAAGGUUCCUUCCGCAAUGCCUCCUUCUUCAAGAGAAUAACCCUGGGGCGGCCGCGGCGGCGACUCGGGCGGCAGGGUAGCAUACUUAGCCAGGCCAGCACUGCUGGUGGUGACCAUGAAGAGUACAGCAACCGAGAAGUCAUCCGGGAACUUCAAGGGAGGCCAGAUGGCCGGCGUCUGCCCUUGUGGGGGGAUGAGCAGCCCCGAGCCACCCUGCUGGCCCCACCCAAGCCCCCACGUCUCUACCGAGAGAGCUCCAGUUGCCCCAACAUUCUGGAGCCCCCAGCAGCCUACACGGCUGCCUACUCGGCCACCCUGCCUUCAGCAAUCUCCCUGACAGGCCACCUCCACCAGUGCUCAGAGGAGGACCUUGUGGACACUCCCCAUUUCCCGAGGACACCUACUCCGGACCUCAAUGACCCUUUCUUUUCCUUCAAAGUGGACCUGGGAAUUUCACUUCUGGAGGAAGUUCUGGAGAUGCUAAAGGAGCAGUUCCCUGGUGAGCCCCACUUCUGACUCGGGUGAGGGCAGAGAGAACUGGGGUGACUGGAGCCUGGGGACUUAGGGAAGGAAGGAACAGUGUGGAUUAAAGAGCAGGUGGAGACAUAAGCCACAGUUCAGCCUGUCCUCUGGCUGCUGACCAGUCCUCCAAGGCACCCAGAGUGAAGGGACCGACGCCAGCUGGGAAUCUAUGGGGUCACUUUCUGGCAGGAGCCCUGAAGGAAGCUGGAAAGGUCUGGAAAAGGAAACCACACCUGCAAGCACAGGAACCAGCCAGAGGUCAGUGGAGAGACAGGGUGGCAUGGGGCGAGUCAGGGAGCAGGACUCGGACUGGGCAGGACAGACAGUGCCCUGCACCUGCUCUAAAAGCCACCACCAACAGAGAAAUCACAGGAAACAUCUAGGAAGAAGUAAUCUAACUGAGAUUAAGAGGGAGUGGGGAGGCCAGACAGUUACCACUUACUUCAUGGGAUUGUUGAUUUAAUUGAAGUACGAGCAAAUUGAGAGUUCAGUUCCAGAGGCUAGAGAAACGGCUCAGUGGGUAGUGUGUGCUACGCAAGCAGGAAGGCCCGCGUUCAGACCUCCAGUACCCACAGAGAAGAGCUGGGCAGGGGUGCCAGCCCACCUGCAACUCCAGCGUUCAGGAUGCGGACACCACGGGUCCCAGGGCAGGCUGGCUGGCUAGACUAGUCAGAUUGGCAGACUCCAGGUCCAGCAAUGGCCUCUGCGUCAGUAAUAAAACGUGGAGAGCAAUCAAGGAAGAUACCUAACAUCAACCUCUGACCUCCACUUGUGCAUGCGCAACACACACACACACACACACACACACACGAAAGAAAGAAAGAAAGAUUCAGUUUCUUUUAACCCUAGCCAAUUUUUGUUUGUUUUUGAGAAAAGGUCUCUUAUGUAGUGAGGGUGGCCUUAAACUUAUGACGCUCCUAUCUCCACCUCCUGAGUGCUGGGAUUACAGGCAUGUGUCACCAUACCCAGUUUCUUAGGUGGUGCUGGCGAUCAAACCCAGGGCUUCAUGCACGCUAAGCAAGUACUCCACCAAAACGAGCCACAUGCCAGCCCUCUAGCCACAUUUUAAAGACGUUUUAAAAAUUAUUUUUAAUUGUACACACACACACACACACACACACACACACACACACACACACACAAGUAUACACAGAUGCCUGCAGAGGCCAAAGAUGUUAGAUGCCCCCGGAGCUAGAGUUACAGGCAGUUGGGAGCCACCUGAUAUGAACUGCUAGGAAUUGAACUCAGGUCCUCUGGAAGAGCAGCAGUAUGUGUUCUUAAUUGACGAGCCAUCUUUCCAGCCCACCUAGCCAUAUUUUAAAUCAACAGCCACACCUGAUUCAUGGCUACCAUACUGGACGACACAGCAUAAACACUGACAUUGUUAGAUCAAAGUCCACUGGCUGGUGCUGGCCAGACACUAGUGUGGAAAUGUCAGAAGUAUGGAUAAGGAAAGGUGUGGAAAUGUCAGAAGUAUGGAUAAGGAAAGGAAGAUGUCGGCCUCGGCUGCAAACGCAGGAGGGGCUGACAGAGUAGGUGAGGCAGGCAGAGGAGAAGGCGGGAAAUGCCCAACCAUCAUUAGCGAAACAGAGAGCAUGAGACUCAAGCUGCCCACAGAACCCCAAGCAAUCCCUGUGAGGGAGGAAGCAGCUCCAGGAACCAGCAGCUUGCAGAGGAGUAUUCUGGAAACUCCCACAAGUAUUCUGUAUGGGGGCCUCUGGGAAGGGCUGUGAAAACAGCAGCCUUCCUUCCCAGCAGAGGGGAUGACUAGGUCAAGGAAAGGACCAUGCACCAAAGGCUCCAGCACCCUCCAACAGGCCUGCAGAGUUCUGCCUUGUCCCAAACGGACCAACGCUGCCAACUGCGUUACUAGCCAGGUCUGUGGCUUGGCCACAUCUGAAUCCAGAACCCAGAAGCACUGGGCCAUGUGGGUCUGGCCCCAGGCACUCCGAGUGUGAAAGAAGGAGAGAGGGAAGCUGAGCCCAACCUGCCUCCGCAAAGACACAUCUAUGAGGUCUCUCUUUCCUGCUCCUGUGCAGACGUGCCAGCUGAGAGGCUCCUCUGCACGCAGGAGGCAAUGAAUAAAGGUUUUCUAACACAAUCUACAGAGUGUUUUCUAAUACAACCUGGAAUGUGGAGUGCUGAAACUGAAUGGUAGAGGCUUCUUUUUGUUUUAUUUUUCGAAACAGGGUUUUUCUGUGCAGCUUUGGCGCCUUUCCUGGAACUCACUCUAUAGCCUAGGCUGGCUUCAGUACUCACAGAGGUCUGCCUGCCUCUGCCUC